UAGUGGGGCGUGCGAACCUGCGGCCGCGAGCCACCUGAUCCUACGCUCUUUUGGGGGUGCUCCAGCCCCGCCCCCACCUGCUGCAGUGAAUGCGGCCGGCUCGGGCUGGAGCGGGAGAGGAGAUGCCGCAGUCCGCGCCCCGAAAGACCGCAGUCCUGGGGUACGCUUGUCCGGAACGAAAUACUGCCCAACCCUGCACCAUCCUCACAAUUGUUAUCUGUGAGCAGAAAACUAAUACAAGGAUAUGCCCUUUUGUCUGUGAUGAAAUUGAGCAUGGCCUUUCAGCUAUGCUAGGUCUAUAAUGGGAAGUGUCACCUUUCGGUAUUUCUGCUAUGGAUGCCUCUUCACAUCUGUGACCUGGACAGCUCUGCUUUUUGUUUACUUCAACUUCAGCGAGGUGACUCAGCCACUUAAGAAUGUGCCCGUCAAGGGGUCUGAGCCCCACCGGCCAUUCCCGAAAAAAUUCUAUCCCCGCUUCACACAAGGUCCAAGUCGAGUAUUAGAGUUACAAUUCAAAGCAAACAAGGUGGGCGACAUGAUAGAUAAUGAGAAUGAAGAUCCAGGAAAAAGCAACAUAAAAUUCUCUCCUGAAUUGGGUAUGAUUUUUAAUGAGCGUGAUCAGGAGUUGAGAGACUUGGGUUAUCAGAAACAUGCCUUUAAUUUGCUUAUUAGUAAUCGCCUGGGCUACCAUAGAGAUGUGCCGGAUACAAGGAAUGCCGCAUGUCAAGAGAAGUCCUACCCGGCUGACCUUCCAGUCGCUAGUGUUGUCAUCUGUUUCUACAACGAAGCCUUCUCGGCCCUGCUCCGGACCGUGCACAGUGUCAUAGACCGGACUCCGGCACACCUCCUUCAUGAAAUCAUCCUGGUGGAUGACGACAGUGAUUUCGAUGAUUUGAAAGGAGAGCUAGAUGACUAUGUCCAAAAGCAUCUUCCUGGGAAAACGAAAGUAUUAAGGAAUGAGAAGCGCGAGGGACUGAUUCGAGGACGAAUGAUAGGAGCGGCUCACGCGACAGGAGAAGUCCUGGUGUUCCUCGAUAGCCACUGUGAGGUGAAUGAGCUGUGGCUUCAGCCCCUGCUGGCGGCCGUCCACGAGGACCCCCGCACCGUGGUUUGCCCAGUGAUUGACAUCAUCAGCGCGGACACGCUCAUCUACAGCGCCUCCCCCAUCGUGCGAGGAGGGUUCAACUGGGGCCUGCACUUUAAAUGGGACCUUGUGCCUCUUGCUGAACUGGGAGGACCAGACGGCGCGACGGCACCAAUAAAGUCGCCGACAAUGGCUGGCGGGCUGUUUGCCAUGAACCGACACUAUUUCAACGAGCUGGGCCAGUAUGACAGCGGCAUGGACAUCUGGGGAGGAGAAAAUCUGGAAAUCUCCUUUAGGAUCUGGAUGUGUGGGGGCAGGCUCUUCAUCGUCCCGUGUUCUCGGGUAGGACACAUUUUUAGGAAAAGGCGCCCGUACGGCUCUCCUGAAGGGCGGGACACCAUGACGCACAACUCCCUGCGCCUGGCUCACGUGUGGCUGGAUGAAUACAAGGAGCAGUAUUUUUCCUUAAGACCAGAUCUGAAGACCAGGAGCUAUGGGAACAUCAGUGAGCGGGUUGAACUGAGGAGGAAGCUGGGUUGUAAAUCAUUUAAAUGGUAUUUGGAUAAUAUUUACCCAGAAAUGCAGAUAUAUGGGCCCAAUGCCAAACCACAGCAGCCCAUUUUUAUUAACAGAGGGCCCAAGCGCCCCAAAGUUCUUCAACGUGGGCGGCUCUAUCACCCCCAGACCAACAAAUGUCUGGUGGCCCAGGGUCGCCCGAGCCAGAAAGGAAGCCUGGUGGUGCUGAAGGUGUGCGACUAUGGUGACCCGAAUCAGGUUUGGGCUUAUAAUGAAGAGCAUGAGUUGGUUUUAAAUAAUUUACUUUGUUUGGAUAUGUCAGAAACUCGCUCGUCGGACCCGCCACGACUCAUGAAGUGUCACGGGUCAGGAGGAUCCCAGCAGUGGAACUUUGGGAAGAAUAAUCGACUGUACCAGGUGUCAGUUGGACAGUGCCUGAAAGUGGUUGAUCCUCUCAGUCAGAAAGGUUAUGUCGCCAUGGCAAUCUGUGAUGGCUCCUCCUUACAGCAGUGGCAUUUGGAAGGCUGAGGUGGAAGCUUCAGAUGGGAAUGAUGUGAUUCAUUAGGCUCUGCUGCCUCUCAACAAUGGGAUGCGUUAGACGGAAUAUUGCCGGUACAAAGAAAACCCUGAAGUAAUUUCCUGGUUGAGCAGAAAUGUCUUGGCGGGGGUGAAUGAUGCCCUGUCCUCCUCUGGAGCUGCCUGGGAAGAUGAGUGGAGACUGAUAGGAAAAAGGAGUCCCACGUGGCCAUCAGUAGAUGGAGAAGUACAUUACAUCAAGACAUUAAUAUUUCUAAGCUACCGUUAAGGAAUUUCUUUCUUAAAGAAGGAAACCAGAAUGUAAUUUUAACUCCAAAGACUUGAUUUUGUACAAAAGAACAAACCCCAGGAAAUUCCAUUAUCUCCUAAUUCCAUCUUUUCAUGAACCUUCAAAGCUCCCCUCAUCUGCUUCCUUUUAAUCUCUUUUAAGGAUGGAAGGGUUUUUAGCUGAUCAGGAACUUGUCAUUCUUAGAAGACUUCACAGGAGAUAGCUAAUUUUUCUUGCUUCUAUUAUCACUGGUUUGAUAUGUUCUAAAUAAAUUUUUUAAAGCUGAGUCUAUAUUACUUUUAACUUCAGAGACAUCAUUUAAAUGAUAAUUAACCAUUAUAAAUUAUUUUAGAUGAAUUAUGAUGCUAACUACAUUUAAAAUAAAGAAUCCUUUUGAUUGUUUA